CUAGUUCGUCUGCUUGUAAAAAUGGUGUCGAUCUUGCAUUCUAUUAUUUCUCUUUAAAUCGUUUCUGUUAAAUAUUAACCACGGCUAAUAUCCCCCUGACGAUUCAUUUCUUUCGAACUCAAUGUUGAUUCGAUGCUCGGCCCCAAGGACUUUGACAAUUUACCAUUCCACAGCUGCUUUCCUUAGGUUGAAAAGUUCCAAGAAGUCAUCCUCCCCAAUAGUUUCGGGUUUCACGUGCAGUGUCUCCUGUAUGACCUCAUUAAUAUUUCAUUUUCCAUUAAUCAGGUCAAAUAUUUGGAAAAAGGAAUUCCACUCUUCAACAGCAAUGGCCAAAAGCAAAUUCGAGUAUGUGAGGCUUUUUGAAGCUGACGAUCGCUGUUUACCCAACACAUGGAUUGCUGUCAGAGUUGAUGGAAAAGGAUUCCACAAGUUUUCUACAGAGCAUGACUAUGAGAAGCCCAAUGACAUCAAAGGUCUAUCCCUGAUGAACAGGGCAGCAACAUCGGUAAUGGAAGAGUUCAAAGAUAUAUGUUUGGCCUAUGGCCAGAGUGAUGAAUACAGCUUUGUCUUUAGGAAGGAGACUCAAGCCUACAGUAGAAGAAGUGCAAAACUCUCGACCAAUGUGUGCAGCCUCUUUACUUCGGCUUUUGUAUAUUACUGGAAUGAAUAUUUUCCUACUAGUAAACCGCGUUAUCCACCCGUUUUUGACGGCAGAACCGUACUUUACCCUUCAAACAAAAAUAUCAGAGAUUAUCUCAGUUGGAGGCAGGCAGAUUGCCACAUCAAUAAUCUCUACAAUACAACGUUCUGGGCCUUAAUUCUCAAAGGAGGUUUAACACCCACUGAGGCUGAAAACAAACUCAAAGGAACUCUUUCGGGGGAGAAAAAUGAGAUUCUGUUUUCUCAAUUUGCCAUCAACUAUAAUAGCGAGUCAGAAAUGCUACGCAAAGGUACCGUUCUGGUCCGUCGGAAAGUUCUGGUAGCCUUACCGAAUGGUGAGACACGGGAAAAAUCUCAAAUUGUUCAGGAACAUGUUGACAUUAUCGGUGAUGAGUUUUGGAAUACAAAUUCACAUUUGCUGACCGUAACAUAAUGAAAAAAUGGCCAAUACAAAGAAAUUUGAAUUAA